ACCGUUUCUCGUACCCGGAGCGCUGCGGCACGGUGUCCUGGGUUCGAGAUGAGGUAUUUACCAACAUGGCCGCCUACUCAUCAAUGGAGCAGACCUGAACGCGUUUCUGACUGAUUCCACGUAGGAUUUUCCCCUAUUCCUCCAGAUAUGAUCACCGGAAAACGUUAAAUUUAUUAUAGGGAAUCGUCCACGCUAUUCAGGACACUGAGAAGGACAGUCUACUCUAAGUUGUGACAUCGUGACAACAUGGCUGCCUCUACGCCGUGUUCGGACACCACGGAGGCGGUGGAACUGUACCCCCAGCAGGGCCUGUGGCUGAAGCCCAUCGCUCGUCUGAACGUGAGCGUGUCGCUGCCGCAGCUCAAGACCCCCGGCAAGUCCAUCUCCAACUGGGAGGUGAUGGAACGCAUCAAGGCCAUGGUCAAACCUGAUACCUUCUCCCUGCUCAAGGUCGUCAAGAGCACGCUGGAGUUCAUCAGGUUUGAAGGAGAAGUGGAGGCCAAGUCCCUGCUGAAGACCAUGGUGGCCAGGCUGGACAGUAAAACCAUCAAGCUCAGCGGCUUUACCGAGAUGCUGAAGGUCCGGGCAGCGGAGGCCAAGGUGGUCUUCCCCACGCGCCACGAGUGGGACUCCCACUUCCGGGAUGCAAAGUUCCUGAACGAGACAGUUCCGGGAGAGAGACCCGACACCGUGCACUUCGAGGGUCUGCCCUGCAAGUGGUUCACGGCGUCCAAGGACAGCGACAAAGCCAGUGAACACGUCCUGAAGAAAGUUUAUGGGACGUUCGGGGAAGUCCGUCGUGUGGACAUCCCGAUGUUAGACCCGUACAGACAGGAGAACAGGACUGGGAACUUCAACACCUUUUCUUCCUUCUCCUCGUUAGGGACUAGCCUGACGUUCGAGGCGUAUGUACAGUUUAAGGAGUACAUCGGCUUUGUGAACUGUAUGGAGCACCUGAAGGGGAUGAAACUCAUGUACAAAGGUGACGACAACAAGGCCGCUACAGCUAACAUCAAGGUGGAUUUUGACAAAACCGGUCACCUGAGCGACAAGGCCAUCCGGAAGCGCCGACUGGAGCGGGCGAAACUUCAGGAGCUGGAACACCAGCGGGAGGAGCAGAAACGCAAGGAGAGGGAGGAGGAGGAACGCAAGAAGGAGGAGGAAAGGAAGAAAAAGGAAGAAGAGGAGAAGGAGAGAGAAAGAAAAAGAGAAGAAAAGCUGAGAAGACGAGAGGAGCGCAUGAAGUACCGAGAGGAGAAACGGCGGGAGAAGAAGCUGGAGAAGAAACGUCAGGAGGAGCAGCGGCAGCUCCAGGAGAAGAUUGCCCUGGAGGAGAGGAGGAUCCUCAUCGCACAGAGGAAACUGGAGUCAAUCAGACUGCUGACUGAACUCUUCAAGAGAGCAAAGGUGGUGAAACAGCAGCAGGAGGUUGAGAGACUGGAACAGGAGCUUGAACAGGAACGUCUCAGGCAGCUCGCCAUCGAGAGGAGGAAAAAGGAAGAGGAAGAACUGAAAAGGAAGAAAGAAGAGGAACGAAAGCAGAAAGAACUGCAAAAGAAGGAGGAAGAGUUGAGAGAAAAACUGGUGAAAGGGCUGAAGAAGAGGAAAUACAAAGAGGAAGAACAGCACAGAGAAGAGUUGAGACAGAAGAUAUCUGGACAGAAAUUAAAGUCGGCAGUCGUCAUGCCGCACACUUAACAACCUGGCACAGGUGCUGUCUGCUAGCCUCUUCCAGGCUUUAGAAGUGUCAGGAAAGAGGAAUUGGCCAAAUAGAUGCCAGGGAAGUUGCCAGCUACUUCUAAAGCCUGGUAGAGGCCAUGCCAGCUGUCUGCAAAACAUCCUACCUCUUAGGAUACUCUGCGUUCUGUCUACAUGUUGGUAGCAAUCUGCCUGAAACACCAUCUAGGCAAAACUAGGAUUGACAUGCACCCGGGUAUUAAGAAAGCCAGUCUUGUUUUUAUUUUCCCCAGACAAUUCUAUUCAAUAAUGAUUUUGUGGGCAUAUUUUUAGUCAGUGAAUUGUAAAAAGCUGUACAACAAAAUACAUUUUUUUUGUGAAAAUUUUUGUUGCAUUGUUGAUGUAGUAGGAUUUGUGUAGUCAUAGUUAGUGUAGGUACCUUUAUGUCCAAAGAAAACCUGCAUGUACAUGUAUAUGUACGACGCUUGUCAACCGCAUAUGGCUAUUAGGCAGCUGAAAUAUUAAGAAAUGUUCACAUAGUUUGAGUAGUCAUGUUUAGUUUGCGUUAGACUUUUUCUACAUUACAAACUACUUAACAAAUACGUUGUUCUAUCAUGAAGACAUUAUACACUAUCAUGUAAUUGAAAUGACAAACGUUCCACUCAAUAAAUCUCAUACAGCUUUUUG